GAAGGAUCGCAACGCAACUUAAACAAAAUCCCAGGAGUUACGAGAGGAGCCUAGGAGGUGCCUGUGACCAUUUUCUCCGGUCCCUCGAAUUCCACAAAUUUUGGGCCCAUCCCUGUGUCAUGUUCCUUUCAGCGGCAUGCUUCUUUUCAUGAUCAUCGAAGCCCAGAUCACCUCUCCACCAUGUCUUCGACUGAACUCCAAAGACCUUCCCACCCUCCCACAUCGAAAGCCAAUGUUGCCUCACCCCAGCUGACCUCAGAGGAUGUCGAACUCGGGCCAAUGCAGAAUGGUCAAGCGGAAGCCACCCAGAUACCUCUAGAGGAGGAUAUCAUGCAAUGCGCAAGAAUCGGCGCUCUCGAACACAUCCAGAAAAUGUUCCAGUCUGGGAAAUAUGAUGCAAAACAUAAAGAUGAAGACGGGAUCACUCCUUUACAUUGGGCUGCUAUCAACAACCAAUACUUGGUCUGCAAAUACUUGGUCGAACAAGGUGCAGACGUCAACGUCAAAGGAGGAGAGUCCAAUGCCACGGCAGCGAUGUGGGCGGCGCAACGAUGCCACUUCUACAUCGUUCAUCUUCUGUUGCAAAACGGCGCCGACCCUUUACUGACAGAUGGCCAAGGUUACAACAUUCUUCAUCUAGCGACCAUUGACGGAAACGCCUUGCUCCUAAUCCUCCUCCUUCAGCAGAACAUUCCCGUGGACAUCCCCGAUCCCCAAGGACAUACCAGCCUGAUGUGGGCUGGGUACAAAGGAUGGUCAGCUUGUGUCGACUUACUUCUACGUUGGGGAGCCAAUGUCAAUGCGGCAGAUGACAACGGAUAUACUCCACUGCACUGGGCGCUGGUUAAAGGCUCGAAGCCCUGCUUGGACAAAAUCAUUGAAUAUGGCGCCGAUAGAUUCGCCAAAACGAACGAAGGCAAGACUCCCGCCGUAUGUGCCGAAGAAAUGAGCACCAAAAGACCGUAUAUACGUGCCCUAGCCGAUCACGGAUAUGAUGCGACUGGCAACAUCAAAACUCUCCCACUGAAUCUACACACCGUUGUGCGCGACCGCUCGAAAAUGUCCAAGUUUUUCUUCUUAUACCCCUUUCUAAUCCUGCCGAUUGGCUUGUACCUUAUCACGCAUUUCGAAAUCUACAUUGGAGGACCGGUCUUCUUGGUUGUAUGCUUGGGACUGCAAUACCUUGCUCAACGGAUUGCCAGGCUUGGGCCUCCCGACUUUCAUGUCAUUCACAAGACUCCUUACUUGGCAGGCAUAUUCGCUGCCACUCUGUUCUGGAUCGGCUUCGACUUUGUGACUUCGAUCCUACCAACCACAUUCUCGACAAGUCCUUUCUCAUCCCUCAUUUUCGCCCUGGCGUUUGCAAGCACCUCAUAUUUCUAUUUUACAGCCAUGCACUCCGACCCAGGGUAUGUACCGAAACUGGCAUCUCGGAACCAACAACGCGCUGUCAUCGAAGAGCUAUUCUCCCUCUGGAAAUUCGACGAAGACAAUUUCUGCGUGCAGUGCAUGGUCCGCAAACCUCUAAGAUCCAAACACUGCCGAAGAUGCAAUCGUUGCGUGGCGAAACAGGACCACCAUUGUCCAUGGAUCCACAACUGUGUGGGAAACAACAACCUCCGGCACUUUUACAUCUACAUCCUCAGUCUCGAGGUUGGAAUCAUCGUCUACGUGCGCCUGGUACUCAGCUACCUCCCCCUCCUUCCCGCACCUGCAGACGAAGUGGCCGCCCAAUGCAACAUCCUGACCCCAUCGAUCUGCAGCUUCGUCCUCCGCGAUCCCUGGACCGUCGCCUUAACAGUGUGGGCGUGUCUGCAACUGAUCUGGGUCACCAUGUUGAUCGUGGUUCAGUCUGUACAAAUAUCCAAAAACCAAACGACGUAUGAAAACAUGAAACGUCACGAAAAUUCAUCUUCACCACGUCCUAUUCUCCCCCAACACCGCCAUCAAAUCACCCAAGGCGCAACAUCAGCAACUACUUCCCUCAACGACACAGCCGCCGCAUCUACACGAAUCGACCCCAUCCCUCGCCGACCAGAUGGAUGUCUCACGCGGUGGAAGAAGUUGAUUGGUCUAGAUGCGUUUUUGGCCACUGCGUCAGAUGCAUCCCAGGGGACGUUGCAGUCCCGCAAUAGAAACCCGUUCUCUCGCGGUUGUAUUGGCAAUUGUCGCGAUUUCUGGAUGGAUCCGGCCCCGUUGUUUGGGAAGAGAAAUAAUGGCGAGGGGUAUCUUGGUGGUGAGAUUGUCGAUUAUACACGUCUGUACGAUGUACCGUUGAGGUUGAGAGGUGGUGGGAGUAGAACGAGAGGCAUGGCUUAUGAGAGUGUGGCUGACCAUGACGUUGAUGAAGAGGUAUGAUGAUAGGCGUUUGGACAUGGACAUGGACAUGAACAGGAACGUAACAUGGACAUGGACAUGGUCUACUUUAACGUAACUUUACAUCAUUGCGAUUGGAGUUCCUUGCUUUGUACCUACCAACCAACUAGCCAUGACAUACUUAGGAAGUCACUGUAGAACAAGGAGUGAGACAAGUGAAGGGAUCUUGCUCAACUAGAUGUCUCUAUCGCAAUGUCUCCAUAGGUGGUCCUGAACUAAGU